UUCAAUUUUCUUUGUCAACGAAUUUUCUCGAGCGAUCCGUUAGCUUCGUAAAACAUACGGCGACAUGGUGCCGGAGACAAUAGCAGGGAAAAUCGUCGGCGGCGUCUGUUCCCUCAGCGGUGUCUUGGUGAUCGCCCUGCCCGUGCCCGUCAUCGUCAGCAACUUCAGUCGAAUUUAUCACCAGAAUCAGCGGGCUGACAAGAGGAAGGCGCAACGGAAAGCCAGACUGGCGCGAAUAAGGAUUGCAAAGGCAUCGAGCGGCGCCGCAUUCGUGAGCAAAAAGAAGGCCGCAGAGGCGCGACUCGCAGCCCAGGAAAGCGGCCUGGAAAUGAAUGAAAACUACAAGCAGGAGGAUAUCUUCGAGCUUCAGCAUCAUCACUUACUGCGGUGUCUCGAGAAAACCACGAGAAAUUUGAUUAAAGAACGAAUAUCUGAAUCAACAUUGCUUUUGUUAUUAUUCUCUUAUUCAACUCUUCCAACUCUAUCCACUCCCACUUAUGUAGCAAUAAUUGAAGCUGUUGAUCAUCCUCAUAAUGUGGAUUAUAUGUUGUUUUAA